CUCUUUAGCUUUUAGUUCAUCCAUAAUCACCAGUUCACCACACUCAAGUGACACACUGACACUGUAUAUCGUUCUCUGUUUUUGAAUUAUAAAUUACAAGACUCAAAUUAAUUAUGGCAUCACAACAACCUGAAUUUGAGCAUCCUAGGAAGGCAUUCGGAUGGGCAGCUAGGGAUACUUCUGGUUUCCUCUCUCCUUUCAAUUUCUCUAGAAGGGAAACAGGAGAGAAAGACGUGGCAUUCAAAGUGUUAUACUGCGGGAUAUGCCACUCAGACAUGCACAUGGUGAAAAACGAGUGGGGCAAUGCCAUAUAUCCUAUGGUCCCUGGGCACGAAGUAGCUGGCGUAGUGACAGAAGUGGGAAGCAAAGUACAAAAAUAUAAAGUUGGGGACAAAGUGGGUGUGGGAUGCAUGGUUGAAUCAUGCCGCACUUGCCAAAACUGUGUUGAAGAUCUUGAGAAUUAUUGCCCAAAAAAUAUUUUUACAUAUGGUGCCAAUUACAUUGAUGGUACUAUCACAUAUGGAGGCUACUCUGAUUCAAUGGUUGUUGAUGAACACUUUGUGAUUCGCAUUCCUGAAGCAUUGCCUCUUGAUGCUGCUGCUCCUCUCCUUUGUGCUGGGAUCACAGUUUAUAGCCCACUUAGAUAUUAUGGGCUUGAUAAGCCUGGUUUGCAUGUGGGUGUUGUUGGGCUUGGUGGGCUGGGCCAUAUUGCAGUCAAAUUUGCUAAAGCUUUUGGAGCUAAGGUUACCGUCAUCAGUACAUCACCUAAUAAAAAGGACGAAGCAAUAAACAUUUUGGGCGCUGAUUCAUUUUUGUUAAGUCGUGACCAAGAUCAAAUGCAGGCUGCAAUGGAAACCUUGGAUGGUAUUAUCGACACAGUAUCUGCUGUUCAUCCCCUGGUAUCUUUUAUUGGUUUACUGAAGUCUCAUGGAAAAUUAGUAAUGGUUGGAGGACCACCAAAACCUUUAGAACUACCAAUCUAUCCUUUGCUUAAGGGGAGAAAGAUGGUAGCUGGUAGUCUGAUUGGAGGGUUGAAGGAAACACAAGAAAUGAUUGAUUUUGCUGCUAAACACAAUGUGAAGCCUGAGAUUGAAGUUAUUGCGAUUGACUAUGUGAACACUGCAAUAGAACGCCUCGCCAAAGCUGAUGUGAAGUAUCGAUUUGUGAUUGAUAUUGGAAACACACUCAAACCAAGCUCUUAAGUAUACAAGUACAAUUUACUUGGUACUCUUUUUCCAAGAGAGAAUUCAAGUAUUA